ACCUGAUGGAUGACUGCAUCCAGCGGAGAAAGGGCAGCGGCCCGGCAAAGGCGAUGAAUCAGGGCCGGACGUCGAUUGGGAAUAGCAAAAAGGUCAUGAAACGAGGAUUAGGGUUUACUUCCUUCGGGUUCGGAUCAGCGUCGGACAUGGAAACCCAAACCCGCAAACCCGAUCCGUAUCUACUCCACCUGUCAAACCCGACCGGAUUAGCCUGCGCUGCUUCGUGCCGGAUCACCGUUCAUCAAAUAUUUGCGAGUAUAUAUACUGAACCCGAGCACCCACACGAAGCACUGGUUCUACGUGGGGCCCGCGUAGGAAGUCGUGGCACUGUCUUGAGUGCGUCCCAUGCAAAACUAGGUGGGCCACCAUGAGAAGGGUGUCGGGUAGGUGGUGGACGCUGGAUCUGACUCACGCAGCUUAAUCGGGAUUCCUUUCUUAUUUUGGGAUGAUUAGGAGAAGCUUGCAAUUAAUUACCUGCCAUAGCAUUAUAAUUAAUCAAGAAAAGAUACGUAUUAUGGAUAAUAAUUUUUGGUUGCUCCUAUUAGCGCUCACCGCUCACUUACCUCUUGUACUGAGUUGACAACCAAUGAGGGCAAAUCGAGCAAGUUUCUUCCUGAGAUCCAGAAUCUUCCUUCGCCGGUCUCCCUUCUCUUCGUACUCCAAUCGAACCACUCGCGCGUGAGGCCGCAUUGAUCUCCUACCUUUUGAGCCGCGACAAUUGUGGGCGCCUAUGGGAACUUACCAUUCCUCUGCCUCGAUUCAGUGGCGGGGUUGAUGCGCCUUAGCUUGCUUGGUCGCAACGGGGGACUGGGACUCGCUUGGCCUAAAUGGGGCCGAUCUGGGGCAGCGGCAGCGGCGGCGGCCCGGAGCCGGGAAAUUUCUUGCUCGUGCUCUGUUUCGCCUUCGGAUCCUUUGUCGCCCGCUUCUUGCUUGACCGCUUCCUCUAUAAGCCUUGUGCUAUGAGAUUGUUUGGUAAAAAAGCUGUUCUAAUGAUGAAUGAUGAGGCUAAAUGGUCAAAGGUUGUGAAGUGUUCUGAGUCAAUGUGGAAGUUGACCUACUAUGUUACUGUCCAAAUAUGGGUCCUUUCAAUCAUCAAGCAGGAGCCUUGGUCACUGGAUACUAAGGAGUACUUCAAAGGGUGGCCGAAUCAAGAAAUGAAGUCAUCUUUGAUGCUUUUCUACAUGUGUCAAUGUGGAUUUUACGUCUACAGCAUUGGUGCUCUCAUUGCGUGGGAAACUCGCAGGAAGGAUUUCUCAAUAAUGAUGUCCCAUCACAUAGUCACCUCAACAUUGAUUGGAUUUUCUUAUAUUACCAGGUUUUUCCGAAUAGGGACUGUAAUGCUUGCCCUUCACGAUACAAGUGAUGUCUUCCUAGAAGCAGCUAAAUUGUUCAAAUAUUCAGAAAAAGAGAUGGCAGCUAGCUUGUGCUUUGGACUUUUUGCCUUGUCAUGGUUAAUUCUGCGAUUAGUAUACUUCCCCUUCUGGAUAAUUAAAUCCUCUAGCUAUGAGUGUGUCCAAGCCUUGUCAUGGAUGGAAAAUUUUCCAACCACUUUAUAUUAUAUAUUCAACACAAUGCUUCUUACCCUGCUCGUCUUCCACACCUACUGGUGGAAACUGAUAUUUGCAAUGAUUUUGAGACAGAUGGGUAAUAAAGGCCAAGUGGGAGAGGACAUCCGAUCAGACCUUGACCACUGCUUAGAAUCUCUAUCAGUGUCUUUAAUUAAGGAGCCAAACUUGUUCUUUGUGGAGAUAUCUUAUGCUUUUGAAGCAAUGAUUACCAUUUCUCGGCGAUAAGCAAACUGCUGGUCUCCAUCCGAUCCAAUUACAGAUUCUGAAGAUGGAGAUUAAACUCAAGUGAUCCAGACUUUGCAUUGGGAGAUGUGAUCUACAACAAAAACUAUGGUGCAGAAUUUUGCUCAUUCAUUUCUUUUAACUUUAUAACCCCAGAUCAAGUGCCAACAGAUUCUUGUAUUCUGUCUACUACUGAUUUAGAGCUUCAUCGGUUAAAGGCAAAGCCUCCUUGGGACAAAGAUGCACCAGUGGUACUGAAGAUUUUUGUUCUGCUUGCAUGAGGUAUAUUUUUUGUAUAACAAGGUUGCUUCUGAGCUUCCAGAUGUAGAAAGAUUGUCAUCCAUAAAUAUGAAAACAGGAAAUAUCGACGACAACGAUAAGUUGUUUUCAAGAAACUGAUUUGCUAUUUAUAGCGUUGGCAAUUCGUCCGAAUUAAGUUGUAAAUCAA